UACUCAGUUACGUCGUAGCGUUCGGGCAGGUUAAACGUGCAGUCGUUUGCAUUUCUAAUUUCGGUCCAACUUCGUCACCAACUUUAUGCAAUCGCGUGUGCGGCACUUUAUUGAUCUGAAGGUGUGAACUUCUGGUGCGGACGAAAAUAGGAGCCUGCCGCGGAGAAUGCUGUCCUACGUUUUCGUAGCCAUCGAGCUGCUGCUGCAGAUGUUCUCCAAAGGAUGUCGGCUGGUGAAGCGGGAGUUCCACGUCAAAAUGAGCUGGGCAAUUCGGCGAUUGCUGCGUGGGGCCAUGCACCUGUUCAGCUUGUUCGUCGUUCCGUACGCGUGGGCCGUCAGUGCGCGGAUUCGGCACAAGAAGCUUCCGGCGAUCGAGAACCCACUGUUGCAGAUACCGGCCGUUACGCUGGCGGCCAAGAUCCGAACUGGGCAGCUUAAGAGCGAGGACGUCGUUGGGGCGUACAUCGAGCGCUGUCGGCAGGUCAAUCCGAUACUGAACGCGAUCGUCGAGGAUCGCUUUGAACAGGCACUGGAGGACGCUAGGAGGAUCGAUCGUGAGGUUGCGCAAGGGUUGAAGAGCGCUGAACAGAUGGCAAGGGAGACGCCCAUUUUGGGAGUGCCGAUCACGAUCAAGGAGAGCUUGGCGGUACAGGGAAUGAGCAAUACUGGGGGACGGAAGUUGAAGAACAAGCGGAUUGCGCAGAAGGACGCUCCGGUGGUGGCGCAGGUGAGGAAGAGUGGAGGAGUGAUCCUGUUGGUCAGCAAUACACCGGAAUUGUGCAUGUGCUGGGAGACGUACAACAAGUGUACUGGUUUGACGAAGAAUCCCUACAACCAGCAGCGAACCGUCGGCGGAUCUUCAGGGGGCGAAGCAGCGUUGAUCAGCUCGGCUGCUUCGCUGAUCGGAGUAACGACGGACAUUGCCGGAUCUUCACGACUACCCGCUGCCUUCGUCGGAGUCUUUGGUCACAAACCUUCACCCUUUGCGGUGUCCCCCUACGGUCACAACCCAUCGUGCGAGGAUGAAUCCUGGGGUAACUUUUUCACCCCGGGCGCCAUGUGCCGUUACGCUGAAGAUCUCCCGCUGCUCCUACGAGCCAUGCACGACCCAGAAGGAACCCCACUAACCCUGGACUCCCCAGUUAACCUAACCGAACUCAAAUACUACUACAUGGACAACGACGGCCCAACGGGACUCACCCAGCCAAUCGAGCCCGACAUCAAGGCCGCGAUCGCCGGUGUCGUGAACCACUUCAACGCCCAAAAGGUCAAGCUAAAACGGCUCAUCUGGUCCCUGGACAUCUCCAUGUGCAAAAUGCUCCGCAUGAAAGACAUCGAAACCAUCUACACCCAGCAAAAGGACGGCGCCCCAAACGCCACAAUCGGCAAGGAGCUCCUUAAGUACCUCUUCGGCUGCUCCGAUUCCGACCUUCCCUCCGUCGUGAUCGGCCCCAUGCAGCACAUCAUCCAGAACUACAUCCCCAACUCACGGCUCGCCUUCCUCGACGAGCAAACCGAGCUGCUGCGCAAAGACUUCACCGACCUGCUCGGCACCAACGGUGUCUUCAUUUACCCCAUCUUCCCGAACACAGCCCACCGCCACUUUGAAAUCUUCCACAAACUGGUCGACACAAGCUACAUGAUGGUGUUCAACACCCUCGGGCUUCCGGCCGCGUCCUGCAUGGUCGGCAUGGACCGGAACAAGCUGCCGAUUGGCGUGCAGAUCGUCGCCAGUCCCGGCCAGGACCACCUGAUUCUCGCGGUAGCCAAAGAGUUGGAGCGAAAGUACGGCGGAUGGGUACCGCCGCCGAUGGAGAAGUAAGGAAGCACUACGCGGGAUGUGUAGUGCCCUCUUUAAGUACUCUAGUGAUAGGUUGUAACAGAGUGUGAUUGAAACCGUGCAAGACGGAACGGAACGUUAGGCUAUGCAGCGAGGUGUUUAAGUUAAAGCUACCACGUUAGGUUAUUGUUGUCGACAAAUAAAUGAUUUUGGAGAAGUUUUAUGCUACAAA